GGAUUUAAUACUGUUGAAACAUUUGCAAUCAGAGUUUUGUGUUAUCACUUACUCCCACAGAUGGAAAUGAAAGCAUGCUUCACAGAGUCCAUGCAUUUCCUCCUGCUCCUUGCUUUCCAUACCCUGACUGCUGGAUACAGAGUUGAGACCGUUCCUGGUUUUCUCCAGCCCAUCACUGGAGCGUGGCAUCAGAGUGUCACCUUGCCCUGUCACAUCGAGCCCCCGCUGUCUGCUGUGGGGCUUCACGUGCGGUGGGACAGGCUGGGAUCCGACCAGCCGGUGCACCUGUACAGGUACGGACGCGAUGACACGGCCUUACAGGACGAGGCCUUCCGGGGGAGGACUCGGCUGUUCCAGGAAGAGCUCUGGACCGGCAACGUCUCCCUCAGACUGACGCACCUCCUUCCCUCAGACAGCGGAGUCUAUCGCUGCCUCGUGCAGGGGGACAGGUGGGAGGAUCAAAGGGACAUAACACUGCUCAUCCCAGUGAUUGGCUCACAGCCCACAGUGUCUCUGGACAGAACAGGUGUGCCCAGGUUGGUGUGCAGGUCAGAGGGAUGGUUCCCACAACCUGAGGUCACCUGGUGGGACAAGAGGGGCGGAGUCGUGACACCUCGCACUACGCUGAGCCGGGACGACCAGGGGCUCUUCACAGUCGUCAGUGACAUUGAGCUCGGCUGGGAGUCGGAUGUGCUGUCCUGUAUGGUCACUGCGGGGGGUCUACGCGGGGCAUCCAAACUGCACAUUGCAGAGAAUUUCCACCCCGCCAUGUCUAUAUGGAAGAUGCUUUUCAUCCUCAUGGUGAUCGUCAUUUGCAUCUCCAUCCCUGUGCUGUUCAGAGCCUGGAGACAUCUUAAUGAAAAGUAUCAACAUGCCUGUAAUUUAGUUACUCUUCACCUUGAAAAAGAACUGGCUGCCCUAAGACAGCCUAUUAAAUCAGAGUGGAGAUCUAUUCGUAGACAUGAAGCUACUGUGACACUCGAUCCUGGAACGGCAUACAACAGGCUUGUGCUUUCCACUGACGGAAAAGAAGUACACAUGGUGGAGAAACGUCCGGAGCUCCCGGAGGACGCACCCUCCCAGAGAUUUAAACACUGCCCCUGUGUGUUGGGCAGGGAGAGCUUCUCCUCAGGGAGCCACUACUGGGAGGUGGAAGUAGGCCGAAAGCCGUGUUGGUACGUGGGGGUUUGCAGAACGUCGGUGAACAGGAGUAGGGAGGUGGACACGAUUCCCAGCAAUGGCUACUGGACUUUGGAGCUGCGCGGUGAGGAGACCUACAGAGCAGGAGGAGCUUCCUUGCUCCUCAGGGAGAGACCCCGCAGGGUGGGAGUGUACUUGAACUAUGAAGAUGGCCAGGUCUCGUUUUACAACGCACAGACAACUCGUCGCAUUCACACCCUGGCCGACCAUUUCACCGAGGCACUCUACCCGUUUUUCUGCACUGGGGUCACUGGUGGAAACAUCCCACUGAUCAUCUGUCCCAUACAGGCCUGAAGACUGCAGUAUCACUGUAUACAGAAUACCUGGGUCAAAUACAAAUAUGCAUUUGAAAAUGUAUUUAAAGUAUUUAAAUACUAUCUUAAACAUAUUUUUUUUAAUGGUAUUUGAAGUAUUUGUACCUCCUCUGGCAUGCUGGAAGGGUUGUAGCAGUGAUUUCCCUAAACUUAGUAACAGCUGGGAUUCUUCAUGUGCCUGCUGCUGCAGAGCGCCUGUUCAGUAUUGGGGGCUGUGUUCAGGCCUAAUUGGUGUUCUCUUUCAUUUGUUUUAAACCCUAAUGUAUCUAAAAAUGUAACAGCACUCAUUUCCCUUUAGGUGAUGCACACUUGAAAUGUGGUUGAAAGCUGGUUUGUUUAAAAUUAUAAUUAAAAGAUUAAUCUAUAAUAACAUUUUGCUGGUUGUUAUUUUGCAUAUUUGGGUUUUCACAACUAUGUAUUUUUUUUUUAAAAGCAUCAUAUAAUUAAAAUACUCUGUAUGUAUUUAGUAUUUCAAUUAAAAAUGUAUUUGAAAGUAAAAUUAGACUGUGUAUUUGACCCAGGUCUGGUAGACAGACACAGAUGGACUUGUUCCACCCAUGGCUUCAAGAUCAGGUUUUUGAUCCUAACUAGUCAAAGAGGAGAUUGGUGCCGGAGAUACCAGAACCAUACCUUGGGUUCAUGACUCAAUCACAGACGACGGCGGCUAGGCUACAGAAAA